AUGCUGCGCCACUACCUGCCCGGCCACCGCCUGCUGCCGCUCUGUGUGACUGAGCGCUCGGCCUGUGCGAGCCCGGGCAGCUGCUUAGCGACAUUCACACUCCUCCAGUGCAGCCAGGUUACAUUAUUUCAGAACUGUUUUCACUGCCUGCUGCCGCUCUGUGUGACUGAGCGCUCGGCCUGUGCCAGCCCGGGCAGCUGCCGAGGGACAUUCACACUCCUCCAGUGCAGCCAGGUUACAUUAUUUCAGAACUGUUUUCACUGCCUGCUGCCGCUCUGUGUGACUGAGCGCUCGGCCUGUGCCAGCCCGGGCAGCUGCCGAGGGACAUUCACACUCCUCCAGUGCAGCCAGGUUACAUUAUUUCAGAACUGUUUUCACUGCCUGCUGCCGCUCUGUGUGACUGAGCGCUCGGCCUGUGCCAGCCCGGGCAGCUGCCGAGGGACAUUCACACUCCUCCAGUGCAGCCAGGUUACAUUAUUUCAGAACUGUUUUCACUGCCUGCUGCCGCUCUGUGUGACUGAGCGCUCGGCCUGUGCCAGCCCGGGCAGCUGCCGAGGGACAUUCACACUCCUCCAGUGCAGCCAGGUUACAUUAUUUCAGAACUGUUUUCACUGCCUGCUGCCGCUCUGUGUGACUGAGCGCUCGGCCUGUGCCAGCCCGGGCAGCUGCCGAGGGACAUUCACACUCCUCCAGUGCAGCCAGGUUACAUUAUUUCAGAACUGUUUUCACUGCCUGCUGCCGCUCUGUGUGACUGAGCGCUCGGCCUGUGCCAGCCCGGGCAGCUGCCGAGGGACAUUCACACUCCUCCAGUGCAGCCAGGUUACAUUAUUUCAGAACUGUUUUCACUGCCUGCUGCCGCUCUGUGUGACUGAGCGCUCGGCCUGUGCUUGCCCGGGCAGCUGCCGAGGGACAUUCACACUCCUCCAGUGCAGCCAGGUUACAUUAUUUCAGAACUGUUUUCACUGCCUGCUGCCGCUCUGUGUGACUGAGCGCUCGGCCUGUCCCAGCCCGGGCAGCUGCCGAGGGACAUUCACACUCCUCCAGUGCAGCCAGGUUACAUUAUUUCAGAACUGUUUUCACUGCCUGCUGCCGCUCUGUGUGACUGAGCGCUCGGCCUGUGCCAGCCCGGGCAGCUGCCGAGGGACAUUCACACUCCUCCAGUGCAGCCAGGUUACAUUAUUUCAGAACUGUUUUCACUGCCUGCUGCCGCUCUGUGUGACUGAGCGCUCGGCCUGUGCCAGCCCGGGCAGCUGCCGAGGGACAUUCACACUCCUCCAGUGCAGCCAGGUUACAUUAUUUCAGAACUGUUUUCACUGCCUGCUGCCGCUCUGUGUGACUGAGCGCUCGGCCUGUGCCAGCCCGGGCAGCUGCCGAGGGACAUUCACACUCCUCCAGUGCAGCCAGGUUACAUUAUUUCAGAACUGUUUUCACUGCCUGCUGCCGCUCUGUGUGACUGAGCGCUCGGCCUGUGCUUGCCCGGGCAGCUGCCGAGGGACAUUCACACUCCUCCAGUGCAGCCAGGUUACAUUAUUUCAGAACUGUUUUCACUGCCUGCUGCCGCUCUGUGUGACUGAGCGCUCGGCCUGUCCCAGCCCGGGCAGCUGCCGAGGGACAUUCACACUCCUCCAGUGCAGCCAGGUUACAUUAUUUCAGAACUGUUUUCACUGCCUGCUGCCGCUCUGUGUGACUGAGCGCUCGGCCUGUGCCAGCCCGGGCAGCUGCCGAGGGACAUUCACACUCCUCCAGUGCAGCCAGGUUACAUUAUUUCAGAACUGUUUUCACUGCCUGCUGCCGCUCUGUGUGACUGAGCGCUCGGCCUGUGCCAGCCCGGGCAGCUGCCGAGGGACAUUCACACUCCUCCAGUGCAGCCAGGUUACAUUAUUUCAGAACUGUUUUCACUGCCUGCUGCCGCUCUGUGUGACUGAGCGCUCGGCCUGUGCCAGCCCGGGCAGCUGCCGAGGGACAUUCACACUCCUCCAGUGCAGCCAGGUUACAUUAUUUCAGAACUGUUUUCACUGCCUGCUGCCGCUCUGUGUGACUGAGCGCUCGGCCUGUGCCAGCCCGGGCAGCUGCCGAGGGACAUUCACACUCCUCCAGUGCAGCCAGGUUACAUUAUUUCAGAACUGUUUUCACUGCCUGCUGCCGCUCUGUGUGACUGAGCGCUCGGCCUGUGCCAGCCCGGGCAGCUGCCGAGGGACAUUCACACUCCUCCAGUGCAGCCAGGUUACAUUAUUUCAGAACUGUUUUCACUGCCUGCUGCCGCUCUGUGUGACUGAGCGCUCGGCCUGUGCCAGCCCGGGCAGCUGCCGAGGGACAUUCACACUCCUCCAGUGCAGCCAGGUUACAUUAUUUCAGAACUGUUUUCACUGCCUGCUGCCGCUCUGUGUGACUGAGCGCUCGGCCUGUGCCAGCCCGGGCAGCUGCCGAGGGACAUUCACACUCCUCCAGUGCAGCCAGGUUACAUUAUUUCAGAACUGUUUUCACUGCCUGCUGCCGCUCUGUGUGACUGAGCGCUCGGCCUGUGCUUGCCCGGGCAGCUGCCGAGGGACAUUCACACUCCUCCAGUGCAGCCAGGUUACAUUAUUUCAGAACUGUUUUCACUGCCUGCUGCCGCUCUGUGUGACUGAGCGCUCGGCCUGUCCCAGCCCGGGCAGCUGCCGAGGGACAUUCACACUCCUCCAGUGCAGCCAGGUUACAUUAUUUCAGAACUGUUUUCACUGCCUGCUGCCGCUCUGUGUGACUGAGCGCUCGGCCUGUGCCAGCCCGGGCAGCUGCCGAGGGACAUUCACACUCCUCCAGUGCAGCCAGGUUACAUUAUUUCAGAACUGUUUUCACUGCCUGCUGCCGCUCUGUGUGACUGAGCGCUCGGCCUGUGCCAGCCCGGGCAGCUGCCGAGGGACAUUCACACUCCUCCAGUGCAGCCAGGUUACAUUAUUUCAGAACUGUUUUCACUGCCUGCUGCCGCUCUGUGUGACUGAGCGCUCGGCCUGUGCCAGCCCGGGCAGCUGCCGAGGGACAUUCACACUCCUCCAGUGCAGCCAGGUUACAUUAUUUCAGAACUGUUUUCACUGCCUGCUGCCGCUCUGUGUGACUGAGCGCUCGGCCUGUGCCAGCCCGGGCAGCUGCCGAGGGACAUUCACACUCCUCCAGUGCAGCCAGGUUACAUUAUUUCAGAACUGUUUUCACUGCCUGCUGCCGCUCUGUGUGACUGAGCGCUCGGCCUGUGCCAGCCCGGGCAGCUGCCGAGGGACAUUCACACUCCUCCAGUGCAGCCAGGUUACAUUAUUUCAGAACUGUUUUCACUGCCUGCUGCCGCUCUGUGUGACUGAGCGCUCGGCCUGUGCCAGCCCGGGCAGCUGCCGAGGGACAUUCACACUCCUCCAGUGCAGCCAGGUUACAUUAUUUCAGAACUGUUUUCACUGCCUGCUGCCGCUCUGUGUGACUGAGCGCUCGGCCUGUGCCAGCCCGGGCAGCUGCCGAGGGACAUUCACACUCCUCCAGUGCAGCCAGGUUACAUUAUUUCAGAACUGUUUUCACUGCCUGCUGCCGCUCUAUGGCGCCCCGCUGCGCGGGCGCGCGCUCGAGUGCUUCGGCCGGCCGCCGUCAGUGUCGCUGCGGUCGGAGCGUGACGUCACGCGGCUCGUGACGUGUCACUGUCGGCGUGGCGGCGGCGAAGGCGCGGGUGACUUUGAGAAGGUCAAACGGGAGAAGCUCGAGGCUGCAGGGAGGGAGUGUCGUGUUUACACUGCUGGCUCACGUGGCCAGGGAGCUGGCGCCACGUGGGAAGCCGGCGUGUUUGUUUGCCCGCAGCAGCGGCAGUGGGCGCUGUACAGUGCACGCACCUCUUAUCAAUAA